AGGGGCGGGGCGGGGCGAGGCUUGCGACAGCCUCGGCUGGCGCACACGUUGCGUCCUUUCCUUUCGUCGUGUCCAGCGUGGAUCCGGCGGCCAGGCGGGAGCACUGACAGAUAGACGGGCCACCAGGGAAGAUGGCGACGCUCAGUCUGACCGUGAAUUAUGGAGACCCUCCGCUGGGAGCUUUGUUGGCAGUAGAACAUGUGAAAGACAAUGUCAAGAUUGCCAUUGAAGAAGGGAAAGAGAAUAUUCUUCGUGUGUCUGAAAAUGUGGUAUUCACAGAUAUAAAUUCCAUGCUUCGAUACUUGGCCAGAGUUGCAACUACAGUUGGACUCUAUGGAUCUAACCAGAUGGAACAUACUGAGAUUGACCACUGGUUGGAGUUUAGUGCUACAAAAUUAUCUUCACACAGUUUAUUUACAUCUGCAAUCAAUGAGCUCAAUCUUUGCCUAUCUCUGAGAACAUACUUAGUUGGAAACUCCUUGAGCUUAGCAGAUUUAUGUGUUUGGGCCACUCUAAAAGGAAAUGCUGCAUGGCAGGAACAGUUGAAACAGAACAAAGCCCCAGUACAUGUAAAACGCUGGUUUGGCUUCCUCGAAGCUCAGCAGGCCUUCCAGUCUGUGGGUACCAAGUGGAAUGUUCCAACAACCAAAGCUAAAGCGGCAUCUGAGAAAAAGCAAGAUGUGGGGAAGUUUAUUGAGCUUCCAGGUGCCGAGAUGGGAAAAGUUACUGUCAGAUUUCCUCCAGAGGCUAGUGGUUACUUACACAUUGGGCAUGCAAAAGCUGCUCUUCUGAACCAGCACUACCAGGUUAACUUUAAAGGGAAACUGAUCAUGAGAUUUGAUGACACAAAUCCUGAAAAAGAAAAGGAAGAUUUUGAGAAGGUUAUCUUGGAAGAUGUUGCAAUGUUACAUAUCAAGCCAGAUCAGUUUACUUAUACCUCGGAUCAUUUUGAAACUAUAAUGAAAUAUGCAGAGAAGCUAAUUCAGGAAGGGAAAGCUUAUGUGGAUGAUACUCCAGCUGAGCAGAUGAAAGCAGAGCGUGAGCAGAGGCUAGACUCCAAACACAGAAAUAACUCUGUUGAGAAGAAUCUACAAAUGUGGGAAGAAAUGAAGAAAGGGAGUCAGUUUGGCCAGAGCUGCUGUUUGAGAGCAAAAAUUGACAUGAGUAGUAACAAUGGGUGCAUGAGGGACCCUACACUGUAUCGUUGCAAAAUUCAGCCACACCCAAGAACUGGAAGCAAAUACAAUGUCUAUCCAACAUAUGAUUUCGCAUGCCCCAUAGUGGACAGCCUUGAAGGUGUUACACAUGCUCUGAGAACAACAGAAUACCAUGACAGAGAUGAACAAUUUUAUUGGAUUAUUGAAGCUUUGGACAUAAGAAAGCCAUACAUUUGGGAAUAUAGCCGACUAAAUCUCAACAACACUGUGCUUUCCAAGAGAAAACUCACAUGGUUUGUCAAUGAAGGACUGGUGGAUGGAUGGGAUGACCCAAGAUUCCCUACGGUUCGUGGCGUGCUGCGAAGAGGAAUGACAGUUGAAGGAUUGAAACAGUUCAUUGCUGCUCAGGGCUCUUCACGUUCAGUUGUGAACAUGGAAUGGGACAAAAUUUGGGCAUUUAACAAAAAGGUCAUCGACCCAGUGGCUCCACGCUAUGUUGCAUUACUGAAGAAAGAAGUGGUCCCGGUGAAUGUCCCUGAGGCUCAGGAAGAGAUGAAAGAAGUAGCCAAACACCCAAAGAAUCCUGAUGUCGGCUUGAAGCCUGUGUGGUAUGGUCCCAAAGUUUUCAUUGAAGGUGCUGACGCAGACACGUUGUCAGAGGGUGAGAUGGUCACCUUUAUCAAUUGGGGCAACAUAAGCAUUACGAAGAUUCACAGAAACACAGAUGGCAAAAUUGUUUCUCUUGAUGCAAAAUUGAACUUGGAAAACAAAGACUACAAGAAAACCACAAAGAUCACUUGGCUUGCAGAAACAGUACGAGCCCUUCCUGUCCCGGCCAUCUGUGUCACUUAUGAACACUUGAUCACAAAGCCAGUGCUAGGAAAAGAUGAAGACUUUAAGCAGUAUAUCAACAAGAACACCAAGCAUGAAGAAUUAAUGCUGGGGGAUCCCUGCCUCAAGGACUUGAAAAAAGGAGACAUUAUACAGCUCCAGAGAAGAGGAUUCUUCAUAUGUGAUCAGCCUUAUGAACCUGUUAGCCCAUUUAGUUGUAAAGAAGCACCAUGCAUUUUGAUAUAUAUUCCUGAUGGCCAUACAAAGGAGAUGCCAACAUCUGGCUCAAAAGAAAAAAAUAAAACAGAAACUAUUAAAAAUGAGACAACUGCUUCUUUUAAGGAAAAGCAGACACCACCAUUGAAUAAUUCUUGUGCUGUGUCUGAGGACUCUUUAGUUCUUUACAACAGAGUGGCUGCUCAAGGGGACACUGUCCGUGAGCUAAAAACCAAGAAAGCAGCAAAGGAAGAAGUAGAUACAGCUGUGAAACAGCUGUUAGCUUUGAAAGCUGAAUAUAAGGAGAAGACAGGCCAGGAAUACAAACCUGGAAAUCCUCCUGCAGCAGCCACACAGAACGCUUCUCUGGGAUCAUCAGAAAGUCUUCAGGAUAGUAAGUCUCUGUACAAUGAAGUCGCCGCUCAAGGGGAGGUAGUUCGCAAACUGAAAGCUGAAAAAGCCCCCAAGGCUAAAGUAAAUGAAGCUGUAGAAUGCUUACUCUCCUUAAAAGCUCAGUAUAAAGAAAAAACUGGGAAGGAAUAUGUACCUGGUCAGCCCCCAAUAUCUCAGAGUUCAGAUUCAAAGCCAAACAAAAACUCUGAGCCUAGUGGUCCAGAAACAACAGAGGCCAAAGCACUUUUUGACAAAGUAGCUUCUCAAGGAGAAGUAGUUAGAAAACUUAAAGCUGAAAAAGCCUCUAAGGAUCAGGUGGAUACGGCUGUGCAAGAGCUCCUUCAGCUGAAGGCACAGUACAAGUCUCUGACGGGAGUGGAGUAUAAGCCUGUCUCUGCCGUAGGGGCUGAUGACAAAGAUAAGAAGAAGAAGGAAAAAGAAAAUAAAUCUGAGAAGCAGAGUAAGCCUCAGAAACAAAAUGACGGCCAGAAGAAAGACCUGUCUAAAAACCAAGGAAGUGGUGUGUCACCAAGUGGAUCAGGAGAAGGACAGGGCCCUAAAAAACAGACAAGAUUGGGUCUGGAGGCAAAGAAAGAAGAAAAUCUAGCAGAUUGGUAUUCUCAAGUCAUCACCAAGUCAGAAAUGAUUGAAUACUAUGAUGUAAGUGGCUGCUAUAUCCUUCGGCCCUGGGCAUAUUCCAUUUGGGAAUUCAUCAAGGACUUUUUUGAUGCUGAGAUCAAGAAGCUUGGAGUUGAAAACUGCUAUUUCCCCAUGUUUGUGUCUCAAGGUGCAUUAGAGAAGGAGAAGACACAUGUUGCUGACUUUGCUCCUGAGGUUGCUUGGGUUACGAGAUCUGGCAAAACAGAACUGGCAGAACCAAUUGCUGUACGUCCUACAAGUGAAACAGUCAUGUAUCCCGCCUAUGCGAAGUGGGUACAGUCACACCGAGACCUGCCCAUCAGGCUCAACCAGUGGUGCAAUGUCGUGCGCUGGGAGUUCAAGCAUCCUCAGCCUUUCCUCCGUACUCGGGAGUUCCUGUGGCAGGAAGGACAUAGUGCAUUUGCUACAUACGAAGAAGCAGCAAAAGAGGUCUUGGAGAUACUUGAUUUAUAUGCUCAAGUAUAUGAAGAACUCCUGGCAAUUCCUGUGGUGAAAGGAAGAAAGACUGAGAAGGAGAAAUUUGCUGGAGGAGACUAUACAACAACUGUAGAAGCAUUUAUAUCUGCUAGUGGCAGAGCUAUCCAGGGGGCAACAUCACAUCAUUUAGGACAGAAUUUUUCCAAAAUGUUUGAAAUUAUGUUUGAAGAUCCAAAGACCUCAGGAGAGAAGCAGUUUGCCUACCAGAACUCCUGGGGCCUGACAACUCGAACCAUUGGUGUUAUGACCAUGGUGCAUGGGGACAACAUGGGCUUGGUAUUGCCACCCCGUGUAGCCUGUGUUCAGGUGGUGGUUAUUCCUUGUGGAAUUACAAAUGCACUUUCUGAAGAAGACAGGGUUGCUCUGAUUGCAAAAUGUAAUGAUUAUCGAAGGCGAUUACUCAGUGUUGCUAUUCGAGUUAGAGUUGAUUUGCGAGACAACUAUUCUCCAGGUUGGAAAUUCAAUCACUGGGAACUCAAGGGAGUCCCAAUUAGACUUGAAGUUGGACCGCGAGACCUGAAGAGCUGUCAGUUUGUAGCUGUCAGACGAGAUACUGGAGAGAAGCUGACAGUUGCUGAGAGUGAGGCUGAGGCUAAACUUCAGGCUACCUUGGAGGAUAUCCAUCAAAACCUGUUCACAAGGGCUUCUGAAGACCUCAAGACCCAUAUGGUGGUGGCUGAUACAAUGGAAGACUUUCAGAAGGAACUCGAUUCUGGAAAGAUUGUCCAGAUUCCAUUCUGUGGAGAAAUUGAUUGUGAAGACUGGAUCAAAAAGACCACUGCCAGGGAUCAAGAUCUUGAGCCUGGGGCUCCGUCCAUGGGAGCGAAAAGCCUUUGCAUCCCCUUCAAGCCACUCUGUGAGCUGAAGCCUGGAGCCAAAUGCAUCUGCAGCAAGAACCCUGCCAAAUACUACACCUUGUUUGGCCGUAGUUACUGAGAGAUGAAGCAGAGCCCUGUUUCCAAGCCUCCUUACUUUUUUUUUUUUUUUUUAAUUGAUACUCCUCAGACAUAGACAGUUUUCUGAUUUUUUUUUAAAUAAAAAUUCUGAAGGCGGUCACACUAGACAAAUACCUAUUCUUGUGCCUAAAUUACCUGUGGAUAAAAUAAAACUUUUCUGUAAACAACCCCAAUAAUAAAUGCCAUUAACUAAUA